AUGGAUCCAAACUCCAUCUUGCUUUCUCCUCAGUCUCGGACCUGCUCCCACCUGACAGAACCCUGUAUGGUGAGGGAGAGAAGCCCAUGCCCCCAGGAGCUAGGUAGAGACUCCCCCUUUCCCUGGAGUCAGGACCCCACUGACGCUGACUGGUUUGGGGAUGUGCAUGUCCAGGCAAAAAGGGCCAGAGUGGAGACCAUCGUCCGAGGCAUGUGUCUGUCUCCCAGCCCUCUGGUGUCAAGCAAUGCUCGAGCCAGGGACAGCCCGUGCUGCCUAGAGAAGGCCCGAGAGCGGAAGAGGAAGCAGAGCCUUCCCAGGCAGCAAGGUUCCCUGAAGCCAGGCCCUGCCCAGGACGGAGGCAACAGGAAGGGGGGCCCUCGGGUGAGAGAACAACUUCACCUACUGAGGCGACAGCUGAGACAUCUGCAAGCACACGUCCUGCAGGCUGCUGAGCCCAGGGGCACAGCUCAGGGCCCAGGCGGCGCCAACAAGGGCAAAGGCCCUCCGAGUGUAAAGCAGAGGAAUGGCUGUGGGUCUGGGCCCUGGAUCAUGGACUGUGACCACCACCAGGGUUCCAGCAAGGACCUCUCUGGGGCAGAAACACAUAGAGUGUCUGAGGAUAGAUACCAGUCUGAGGAAGCCAGUUUCCUCUCUCCCAGAGCACAGGCUUUGCUGGAGAUUCUGAGGGAAGAACUCACGGGGGCAGUAUCCCAGGCUGUAGACUCAGUGUUACGAAAGGUGCUAUUGGAUCCACCGGGCCGCCUGGCUCAAUUGGGCCGAGACUGGCAGCGACUGGAAGUGCCAAAGGAUAAAAGCGAGCCCUCACCCCCCGGGGGAGGGACCUACAAAGGUCCAUUUUCUCUGACUGCCUUGCCCGGGAGGGUCCAGACACAAGCUGGGGUCCCACUGGGAAACCUACCACUGGGCAAGCCUCUAGAUUCUCCUAGGUAUCCUAUCUCUCCACCGAUGAUCUCCAAAUCCUAUCAGGGUCCCCCAGCAAACUGUACCCUGACUGUGCCUUCCCACGUCCAGGGAAAUCAGAUUCUUAGCCAUCUGCUGGGUCAUGGACCCAGGGGCCAUUGGAACGGUGGUCCUCCCCAGGACUCAUCUUCCCAAAAUCACCCAUCCUCAGAGUCUGCCCCACCAUCUUGGGAAGCUGCCAAACUGCGACCAUCUGUGUGGAGCCAGCAGCAGUGCCCCCCGCCCUUCACCUCCCCCCAUCUAGACAGCCUGCCCCUUCUCCCCUCCCUGAAGAUGGAGCAGGGUGGCCUGCGGGCUGUCUCUGAGGCACGUCCUUUCACACUGAGAUAAAUCCAGGAGGGUCUAAACCCUGGUCAUUUGAAGAAGGCCAAACUAAUGUUCUUUUUCACACGGUACCCCAGCUCCAACCUCCUGAAGGCGUAUUUCCCUGAUGUUCAGUUCAACCGCUGCACUACCUCCCAGAUGAUCAAGUGGUUCAGCAAUUUUCGUGAGUUUUAUUACAUCCAAAUGGAAAAAUAUGCCCGGCAAGCAAUUUCAGAUGGUGUUACCAAUCCCCAAACGCUGGUGGUUCUCCGAGACUCAGAACUUUUUCGAGCUCUCAAUAUGCACUAUAACAAGGGAAAUGACUUUGAGGUCCCAGAUUGCUUCUUGGACAUCGCCAGCUUGACAGUACAGGAGUUCUUCAGAGCUGUCUCCACAGGGAAAGACUCAGAUCCUUCCUGGAAGAAACCCAUUUAUAAAAUUAUUUCGAAACUGGACAGUAACAUCCCAGAGAUAUUUAAAUCUUCCAGCUGUCCCCAGGAGCUGUUGCGGAGUUAAGAUCCCACAAGGUGAGGAGUUACUGGCCAGGGUUUCCUGGGUUUGUCUUAAAUGGCAGGUUAGCUAUGGUCAUGCAAAACAAAAAAAGCACAAGGACCCCCCUCCCCCAUUAGUACUAUUACUGUUUUGAUAAUUUAUUUCCUUUUCCAGGAUCAUCAAAAAUUUAACCUUAACUAGAAAAUACAUCAACUUAAGUAUACUGGUGUGCUGGCAAUACAUUGUAAAAGGAACACAAAUUUGGAAUAAGAGAACUUGAAUUUCACAGCUGGUCACAGUCACUCAUGCCUGUAAUCCCAGCACUCUAAGGUGAGAUAAUUGCUUGAGCUCAGGAGUCCAAGACCAGCCCGAGCCAAGAGCAAGAUCCUGUUUCUACUAAAAGUAGAGAAACUAGCCGGGUGUUGCAGCGGGUAUCUAUAGUACCAGCUACUCGGGAGGCUGAGACAAGAGGAUUGCUUGAGCCCAGGAGUUUGAGGUUGCUGAGAGUCAGGCUGAGGCCAUGGCACUCUAGUUCUGGCAGCAGAGUAAGACUCUGUCUCAAAAA